CGGCACAGUGCUCGUUUACCCUCCAAAACGAAAGUACUUGGCGCUCACUCUCUUUCUCCACAGGAGGGAAGGGGAGGAGGACUGCCUCCGCUGGCCUCGACGCCUAAUCAAUGGCGGGCUCCGACUCCGACGACGAAAGCUAUAGGUUGUUCAUCCAAGAGAUGGGGCAUUACCGGGAGUACUUCGAGGACGAGGAGCUCUACGAUGCUGCCGAGCGUUUCCUCGAAGAGCAGGAAGGAUCUGAACGCGAAUCAGAAGCUACCGAAGACGAGGAAGAAGACGAAGACGGCGAUGCGGAUUACAUCCCAGUGGAGGACUCGCCCCCGCGGCACGAUAUUAGAAACGCUGCCUCGACUUCUGCUCUGCCGAGAUCCGGUGAAGAAGAGAGGGAUAGUAAGCGGAGGAGACAGGGAGAAGGAGAAGCAGAGGCUUGCUCUUCUGGGCGAGUUACCUCCCAAGACAGCGAAUGGAAUCGAAGCGAAAUUGAUGGCUUGUUUUGCCCUAUAUGUAUGGAGGCUUGGUCUGAUGACGGUGAUCAUUAUAUCUGUUGUCUGCCUUGUGGUCACAUAUACGGCAUGUCUUGCAUCAAGAGAUGGCUGCAGCAGCAAAAGAAGAAUGCAGGAAAGUGCCCCCACUGCAACCAACGAUGCACGCUGAAGGAUGUGAGAAAACUUUUUGCAUCAAGAGUUGUUACAGUUGAUGUGGAGUCGCAGAAGAGAAUUCGACAACUUGAGGCUACGUGUGCUGCUUUGGAGAAAAAGGAUGCAGGUUGGAAGAAAAAGGAGUGUGAAUGGAAGAACAAGGAAGCCGGGUCAGAAAGUGAAAUACAAAAGUUGCGGCAGAAAGUUAGUCAGCUUAAGGAGAGGACAAUUUAUCUGGAGCAUCUAUUAGAAGAGGUGCAGAACAGAUCGAUUGAAUCUGCUGAAGUUGGAUGGGGGUGUCAAGGAUAUUUUACAUCUGGUGGCAGUAAUGGCUUAGAACUUCAAACAGAGCGAUCAUCACGUACCUUUGAACAACAGAUGGAGUUAUUGAUGGAGGGCGCGAGAUUGUUUGAUGUGAGUGCUUCUUAUCAAAUGCUGCUCGUCUCUCGAAGGCUGCCUGGGAUGGCUGUAAGAGAUGCUCUCACCAAGAUCAGUCUGAUGAAUCCCCGUGAAGUUGAAGAUGUUCUACUUCCAUCAAAGACAAAAGCUGUCAAGGACUUGCACAUCUCCCCUUGUGAUGGUGGCCUAGUGCUUUUUGCUUCAUUAGGGAAGUCAUUGGCGGUUCUCAGUCUGGAAAGCAACAAUAUUGUUCUUGAUUAUGACCUGCCGGCAGCUGCUUGGUCAUGUUCAUGGGAUUUCCAUAGAUCUCACUACAUAUAUGCUGGAUUACAGAAUGGUACCCUGAUGGUGUUUGAUAUGCGCCAAACUGUGAAGCCCGUGGAAUCCUUGAAUGGGCUGUCAUCCAACCCUAUUCAUACAAUACAGUCCCUCUCACAGAAGAAUACUGAUGGACCUAGAUCAAUCCUAACUGCAUCUUCAAUUGGCUUGUCUCUGUGGAAUGUUGACUGUCGUGAGGAAAGGCCUACUUUGGUUCCCGAAAGUGCAGAUGAGGGUGUCUGCAUUUCUCUUGCUUGUUCUCCCAAUGGUGAUGACAUUGUUGCCACUUACCGUCCAAAGAUCGAUAUGUCUACUGAGGUGACACCAACCCAACCUUCAGCCAACCCUUCGCCUAUCUCAGGGCAAGUAACACAAGGUUCUCAUGUCCUUUUCAAAAGAUCAGCAGGAAGCAACUUUCUUCGGAAGUCCGGAUCCAUGUAUGCAAAUGUGAGCGAUAUCCGUCUCCCAAGGUCUGCGAUUGUUGGCUCGGAGAAUCAGAACCGGUUCUUUGCUUUUGGAGACGAAGCAACGAAUGAGGUGGCCUUGCAAGAGUUGCCAUCUUUCUCCACUUCUCAGAGGAACCAACUUGGUGGAUUUUCCGGAUGGCACAACGACUUUGAAAUUGUAGUGGAAGAGCUUUCCUUUGUGCAGAAUCAGAAAAGUGAAGUAGCUUUGUACAGUGAAUAUUCUUUUUUAGCAUCAAUUUCUCCCAUGGCCAAAUCCUCUUGGGAGGCUGUAACCUUAUGUUCAGAGAACUAUCUUCCUUUUGGUUUGUAUGAAUCGCGGCAAGCAACUUUAUAGUAUUCUUCCCUUGGUAUUGGUGAAAAAUACGUGGAUGAAUGUUGAGGAUGAUAUCUUUGUUUAUGUACCAAAUAUUGUGAAUA